AGACAUUUAUUACACAUGAACAACAAAUUUAACACAUUUCGUUUUUAUAGGGCUUAGUGUGCGAAACACACAUCACGUGAAUGACUAUGAAUAAAUUUUUAUUAAAUAUAUGUAGUGUGCGAAACACGCAUAUGAUUUAUGACUUGUAUUUACGUGUAAUGCAAAAUUUAUUUACGUUUUUUGCUAUACUUACCCUCUUCUUUCUUUCUAAAAAUUUUCAGUUUCGCAAAGUUUCUUGUUUGUCAUACAAAAUACUAAAAAAAUCUUCAUAAAGUUUAAACUCGUAUAAUCCAUAUAUUGAAGAUGUUUGCAAGGGGUCUGGUACGAAAUCCUGAUCGAACACAUCGCGUAACUCUGCAUAACGCAGGCCAUUUGUCAGGAUUUUGUACCAUUUGGGAUUUUGGACCAUCAGAAUUUUGUACGGGAUCUCAUAUCAAACCUAUUAAUAUUCGAUAUCGGUAGGGAACAAGAAAUCUAUGAUGAUAAAAAUAUGCUUCUUCAAUUUUCCUUUCAACAUUUUUACGACUUUAAUAACAAAUUUAGAAAUGAUCAAAAUGAUCUUCAACUUAUUAGCAGUCAAAUAAAAGAUGUAGCUUAUUCAAAAGAACUAGAACAAGAAAUUCACAAUAAUGAAAAUAUGAAUUGUGAUAUGUAUUUUCCUCAAUUGUCCGUUCAACAAAUGUAUAACUUAAAUAAUAAAUUUAGAAAUGGUCAUCAGCUUAACGGCAUAUCAGAACAACUGGAAGAUUUUACAAUUGAUGAUAAGGAAUAAGAAAACCAUGAUGUAACUGUUAAUACUUCAUCACCAUUUUUUAUUCAACCUUCGUACUUAAAUUCUAGUAACUAGUAAUGAGUUUAAUGAUAAAAAUCAUUAGUAUCAUAUUAAUACUUAAUAUUCUUUAGAUAAUGAUAUUAAAUUACUUGAUAUUGACUCAAAAGAAACGGAAGAUUUGGAGUUAAAGACUGGAUUUAACUUUUCAAGUUGGUAAAAAUUUAAUAUUUGGAUCGAUGAUUUCUAAAAUAAAGGGAUUCAACUAUAAGGUUAAAUCUAGUCAAAUGGAUGGAGAAGUAAUUUGAUGUAUUACUUAUAAAUAUAUAAGAUUAGGUAUUCAUAAUCACAAGUAUCUUCUGAUCUAACUAAAAAAU